UUUUCUCUGCCAACUUCAGGCUCCAUGCAGUCCCACCUGGUAGGACCCUCCCCAUGGAUGAGCCCAUCCUCUUAUGUAUACUGCAGCUGCUGUAUGCCUGUGGGCAGUAAUCCACCACAGCCCACGACUGUGCUGAAUGGAGGUAGUCCGUACGUCCAGCCGUAUACGUAUUCAAGUCUCCCGGGGGUGAUGAUCCCUCAGAUGCCCUUGAGCUACUCUCAAGCCGCCUACGCAUACCAGUACACCUCUCCACACUGGUCUGGAGAACAGAUGACACGGCUCGUCAAUCAGAACUGCGUGGAUUGUGGCGUCCAGACGCUGCUGACGCUCCUGUAGCUGGAGCCCUUCGACUUCUGAGUGAAGCAUCACCCCAAGGAUGGCGCUGGCCUCAUCGGCUCCGCGGGACCCAGGAGUGACUCAUCAGGCUGUUAGUCCGAUGGAACCAUUUUUAAGAACUUCAUGUGGAACUUGGGGGUGGAAGCCUUUCCCAUAGUUGGUUUUCCCAUCUCCCACUUAAGAUUUAUAGUGGGUUAAUGACCCCCUUUCUUUCUGUCCCCUCUUGACUUUUAAAACCACCUUUUUGCGAUUUAAUUUCUUCGUCUUAACUCCUCAAGUGCUCUCCGGUGUUUAUAUACAUGUAUGUAAAUAAGAUCCUUACUGAUGUGAUGAAGCCACAUUGCAGAAUUGAUUCUGGAGCUAAAAUUUGACGACUGUUCUUGAGCGUCCGAGCAAAAGCCGUCGGCUGUUUGUCUCCUGCUGGAUUAACUGACGUGAUGAAUGUGACUUCAUCUGAGUCGUUCGCUCUUUGCACGUUUAAACUUGGAUAUAUAAGCAACUAAAGGUUAUUCCACUGUCUUGACCAUCACUGAACCUCAUCCUUUUGUCGCUCUUUGGAGCCGUAUAUUACAGCACUGAUCACACAAGUGUUUCCUGUUUGUUUUUAUUUUUUUUUCCUUCACGCUUCUUGCUUGCUGUUUCUCAGAUACAGAUUAUGAGCUCUUAUAUCCAAAACGAGUAAUUGUAUCCAUUCGGGGCAUCUGCCACUUCCUGGGGAUCUUGCUGCAGCGGUUUCUCGCAAGUAAACAAAGCAGACGCUCUGUGUUCGUUUUCGACAAUUUUUAUUUUUUUUUUUCCCUUUCACAUUUGACACUUUGAGAAGGUUCACUCUGUUUGCACUUAAAUGUUUGUUCAAGUUCCGUUAGUGUUUGCUGUGUGUGUUUCUUGAUGUGAAUCGUUUUUGUGGGGGUGAUGUGCACUCUGACCAAGCUGUUCACGCGUGUCGGUGGCUCUAGUGCCAAUCUCUGGGUAACAGUUGCAGUAUUAAGAAGCAAAAAUUGUGUGUAAUCAGUUUGUCAUCGACGUGAAUGGCUGUUUGGACGUGUUCGUGAGUGUCUCAUCGCAGGAGUUUGGGCUCAGUGUCUGGGGUUUCUAAGUCAGCUCUGUGUUCCAUGUUGUAGAUUUUGACCAAAAGUGGAGGGAAGAAUAAUUGAAAUAGAAUUUUUCCUGUUUCUGCAUUUGGAGUUACAGAAUAGUGACAGUUGAGGGCACUGUCUUUUGUGUUUAAGUUGCUGUGAUUUGUUCUUUUCACAUUUAAAAAAUAAAGAAUAAAGGUUGGGUUUUCUUUUUAAGAAGAUAUGCAAUAAAGUUGAGUUAGAAUUUUGAAGAAAUUGUUUUUUUUUUUCUCCCCUAACCCCCUGGGGUGGGUACUAAUGGAAUGUGGUCAGUCUGUGUAGUCUGGCUUUGUAACUGAAUAAGAAGCACAAUUAAAACAACUUUAAUACCUGUA